AUGUCGCUUUUCAAAGUGAUGACUUUGGUAGCUGCGUAUUUUCUAGCGAUCAAGGCUUGUGCUCCGGAUGUAAACGACUUGGCCACAAUUGGAAGCGCCACAGUAACCUUUCAACCAUCAGCAUCGUGGACAUGGGAUGCGACCAAUGCGGGAACUCCAGGAUCUCAAGCGGAAGCCGAUGCGAAUAUCAAUGAUGAUCUCGAGUUGGCUUUUUACCGAGCCGUUGCAAAGAACGGUGUAAACGUGUUGUUAAAGAAGAUCGAAUUGACAGGCACCGGGUUACCGGUGGAUCGCUCAAUGGCGUGUGAAGAUCUAAUCUUUACACUCGUUUUCGACACCGCUGUUCCACCAUAUUUGGCCUAUUGUUCCCCCAUCACCCCAAACUUUGAAACUCCGUACAUUGUGGAUGAUAUAACUGUGGUGGUGACACUCGAAACUCCAAUUGCUGUCGACACUUUUAAGGAGUUGAUGGAAGAUAUCUUAUCGGAUCUUCGCCAAAGCAACAGAGCCUCUCCUCCAUCAAAUGAUGCCAGCUUUGACUUCCAA